GCUGGAUGUAUGGACUGACUGACUUUAACUCGGUAAAAACAGAAGAAAGAAGGAGGUGAGGUCUUCCACCACGGACACGAAGCAAAGAGACCUCGAGAGAAGAACACAAGAGGACGAGGACAAGAAGCCGUGGUUCCAUCAUGGAUGACGUCAGGAAACAGGGAAUGCUUUACUUCCAACAGCAACGAUUUGGAAAGAAGUGGAAGCGGGUGUGGUGUGUCCUGUACAGAGACAGUUCCUGCUCCAUCUCCCGUCUGGAGUUCUUUGACUGUAAAGACGGAGGAGUUGGAAUGCUGGACAAGAGUGACAAGGUGCUCCGCAAACAACAAGAAAGCAAGAAGGUGAUCCGUCUGUCUGAGUGUAUCCGUGUGGUGGAGCUGGAGAUGGACGGCUGUCCCAAGGACACGUCUGCCUUCCUGCUGGAGACAACUUAUAAACUAUACGUCUUCUCUGCUGUCAGAGAACAGCUGGAUGACUGGAUACAGAAACUGUGUGAGACAGCCUUUCCUAUGAGCUGGAGACAGCGUGGUGGAAGAGUGGGUCAACAGACAGGCAGCAGGGUGGAGAAUGAAGAGGAGAGGAUUGAAGACAACUCCCUCUACAGCAGCAGACAGACAGUGCUGGACAUCACAGUGAGUGUGCGGAGGACGGAGGCCUCUCAGCGCUGUGGGUUGAGAGGGGUGUACGUGCUGAGGGCGGGGGCAGACAGUCUGCUGCUGCUGGACCACAACACAGGAGAAGUCCAGUUCAUCUGGCCCUACCACUUCCUGCGCCGCUUCGGACGGGACAAGACCGCUUUCUCCUUUGAGGCAGGAAGAAGGUGUGAUUCUGGGGAGGGCUGUUUCGAAUUUGAGACCCAGCAGGGGAACGUCUUGUUCCAGAUGGUGGAGAGCGCCAUCCACCUGCAGUGUACCACCAAUCCCGUCCGACAGACAUCCGGUGGCGGGCAUGACAGCCUUGACAUCACCCACCCUCAGCCGUCCCGCAGCCUGCCCCUCCCCCAAACCCCUGCCCAGACGGAGGACAGCGUGUACAGCGUAGUGAACGAUACUCCGGUUCUCCAGCUUCUCCAGACCAGAGAGGGCGACACCUCCUCAACUCCUCAGCAGUCUGGGUUGGAGCCUCCUGUUGACAAAGUGUUGACGGGGGUUAAAAGUUUGACUCUGGACACUCGCGGCCUUCCAGUUCCUCGUAAGAAUCAAGUCAAACCGAUCUCCAGCUGCCCGCUUCUCUCCAGCAACCCGAAACUCGAACAGACCUACUCCCAGGUCUCCCCCCGACGAGCUCCGCACCGGACAGGAGAGAGAGAGAAAGGAGUGAGAGAGCGGGGAGAACCCGAAUACUCCCUCCCCUUCGACACCAUCGCUAAGAACAUCAUGGCAGACAUCAUGAAUUCCCAUCAGGCCACGGGAUUUGGGAAGGCGCAGUUUAGUGCUGACCCACUCUAUGAUAGCAUAGACGAAUCACAGGUCAGAGCUGUCCUUAGGGGCGUGGCCAAGGCUCCCUCAAAAGCCUGUAGCGUGGCAGAACACAUCUAUGAUGAGCCUGAGGGCUGUGCUGCCAUGGGGCAGAAAUCAGCCACGCCCACAUUCCUGUACGACCACCCGGAGGAGGUGAAGGGCAACGCCUGGAGGAGGAUGGGAACAACGGUUGACCCUAAAGGUCACGAGUAUCUGUAUGACCCCAGAGUUGAUGACUACGCUGUCCCCAAACCGCCCAGGAGGAUAACCUCUGUUGAUAACGGAACCAACGAGGAAGAGGAGGAUCAGCAGGAGAACGAGGAAGAAGACUGCAUGGAGUGUCCAUAUCACAACGUCAUGACAAAGCCAACAGACACAGAGAGGAGAUGAUGUCCUCACCAUGGCAACUCAUCUGAGCCCCCCCCCCCCCGUCAUCCAGUGCUUGGGCUGUGUGUGUGUGUGUGUGUGUGUGUGCGUGCCUGUAUCACUCUCUGCGCAUGUCUUACCUCCUGUACUCGUGUCGGUGUGUUCAUACUCAGUCAGUCAUUCACGUCCACUCAGAGAUGAUGAGGAACAUGACACACACUCUGUCCUUCAUGGCUGGAUCCAUCCAUCCAUCCAGCCCUCCGUGUCCUCAUUCAUCUGCCUGUCUAGUGGUCUUCAUCCCCGCCCAGCUCAGGAUGGAGCACAGCACUGUGCAGAGAGGGAGCACGUGGCUGAUUGACAGCUGCAGAGCCUCAUGUGGACUGUGAAGAACCCGGUUUCUGGAAUUCUACGUCUUUCACCACUUUCUGCAUGGCAAGGUUAUGACAACAAGGUUGUGCUCUCUAUCGUAUAUCUUAAAGACAUGUCUGUGUAGAUUUAAUGACGUUAUGGAUCAUCA